GCUACGCCAACGACGUGGUAGCUACCUGCGUCUUCGGCUUCGAUGUCAACUCGAACGAAGAGAACGAAUUUAUGAAAAUGUGCAAGCAACUCGUCACCAUCGAUACUGGAUUUAGGAUGAGGUUCCUUGGAUUCAAGAUUGUGCCAUGGAUAAUGUCUGCUCUACAGCUGACAAUGUUUUCAAAGAAGGCGACAGAUUACUUCUCAAACGUGGUGUUAGGUGCUAUAAAACAACGGGAAGAACAAAACAUCUAUCGGCCUGAUAUGAUCCACCUACUCAUGGAAGCCAAGACAGGAAAACUGGCUCAAAUCAGUACGACCAGAAAAGAUGAUAAUGCCGGUUUUGAUACAGUAGAGGAAUCUAAUGUUGAAACUGUUAAAAAUAAAGCAGUCUGGACUGACAUUGACUUAGUGGCCCAGGCAGUGAAUUUCAUUUUCGCCGGUUACGAUAACGUGGCUUCAGUCUUGGCGUUCCUUCUUUAUGAGCUGGCUAUCAACCCUGACUGUCAAGAACGACUGGUGCAUGAGAUCUUGGAAAAUCAUGAGAGGAAUAAUGGAAAAUUUGACUUUGCUUCUGUGCAGCAUAUGACGUAUCUGGAUAUGGUCAUAUCAGAGAGUCUUCGCAAGUGGCCUGGCAGUGUAGCACAGGAUCGAAUCUGUCUCAAAGAUUACAACCUGGGGAAACCUAACGACCAGGCAACCAAAGAUGUUAUUACAAUGAUACUCUACAUAUGGCUCGCCGCCAUUUCAGCAGCCCUCUACCUCUACUGCCGGCAGGUUUACUCUAGGUUCAGGCAGUAUGGCGUCCAGCAUAAGCCCACCGUCCCACUGCUGGGCAACAUGGCACCCAUUGUGUUCAGGCGGAAACAUCUGGUGGAGUUCUUUGCAGAAUUGUAUAGAGAGAAUCCGAAUGAAAGAUUCGUGGGUAGAUACGAGUUCACAAAACCCAUAGUGAUCGUGAAAGACAUAGAACUGCUGAAGAGGAUCGCUAUCAAGGAUUUCGAGUACUUUUUGGAUCACGCCUUAUCUGUCAAUACUGAUAUCGACCCACUCUUUGGAAGGACUUUGUUUACAUUGAAAGGUCAAGAAUGGAAAGACAUGCGGUCGAUGUUGAGUCCAGCGUUCACCAGCUCCAAAAUGCGCCACAUGGUCCCUUUCAUCGUGGAAGUAGGCGACCAGAUGAUGACGUCUUUGAAGAAACAGCUCAAAGAGAGUGGAAAUGACCACAUCGAUGUGGACUGCCGAACCCUCGCCACCCGCUACGCCAACGAUGUUAUAGCGUCCUGUGCAUUCGGCCUGCGGGUCGACUCCCAUUCCGAGCCCAACAACGAGUUCUACAAGAUGGGCUACGUGGCUUCCAACUUCACUUUCUGGCAGAUGCUCAAGUUAUUCGGCCAUUCAGCGUUCCCAAGACUUAUGAAGAAAUUCGGCCUGGCCGUUUUUUCGGACGCCACUUGCGCUUUCUUCAACCACCUGGUCAUGGACACUAUGAGGGACCGCGAAGAACAAGGCAUCGUACGACCAGAUAUGAUCCAUCUCCUCAUGGAAGCCAAGAAAGGUCGACUUACACACGACGAGAAUUCUGGUCAUGACGCUGACGCUGGAUUCGCGACCGUCGAAGAAUCUGAAGUUGGAAAGAAAUCUGUAAAUCGAGCCUGGUCAGACACAGACCUGACCGCUCAAGCAGUCAUCUUCUUCCUGGCUGGUUUCGAGACCGUCUCCACAGCCAUGACCUUCCUGAUGUACGAGCUGGCUCUCAACCCUGAGGUUCAGGAGAAGCUGGCGAAGGAAAUCAGGGAGCAGGAGAAGAGUGGCAAGUUCGAUUAUGGGGCUGUGCAGAGGAUGAGUUACAUGGAUAUGGUGGUUUCGGAAUCAUUGCGGCGCUGGCCCGCAGCAAUAGCGACUGACAGACUUUGUAUCAAGGAUUACAAUUUGGGAAAACCAAACGAACGAGCGACAACCGAUUACAUUAUGAAGGCUGGUGAAAGCCUUAACAUUCCAAUAACGGCAUUACACCACGAUCCUCAAUACUUCCCGGAUCCUUUGAAGUUUGAUCCAGAGCGGUUCUCCGAAGAGAAUAAGCACAAAAUCAAACCUGCGACGUACAUGCCAUUUGGAGCGGGACCUCGAAACUGCAUUGGUUCCCGUUUUGCCCUAUGCGAGAUGAAAGUGAUGAUCUACCAGCUCUUGCUGCACAUGGAACUGUCUCCUUGCGAGCGAACACCCAUCCCAGCCCAGCUCACUACAGAUACCUUCAACUUGAGGCUGAAGGGUGGCCAUUACUUGCGGAUGAUAAUGAUUACCCUCAUCUGGGUCGUAGCCAUAAUAGCAGCAGUGCUCCUGCACUGCCAGCAGAGUUACUCCAGAUUCCGCAAAUAUGGCCUCAAGCAUUUACCCCCAGUACCCCUGCUGGGGGAUAUGGCGAGAGUCUUCUUCCGUCGAGAGCAUUUCUUUGACAACGUUAAGAGGAUUUACAAUUGUUUUCCUGAAGAGAAAUUCGUGGGUCACAUGGAGUUCAUAAGGCCCUUGGUGUUCGUCCGAGACCUUGAGUUGGUGAAGAGGAUCACAGUGAAAGACUUCGAGUACUUUCUUGACCACGCUGUUGUUGUUGAUAAGAGCGUUGACCCUUUGUUUGGAAGGAACCUUUUUUCUCUGAAAGGUCAAGAAUGGAAAGACAUGCGGUCUACCUUGAGCCCGGCCUUCACCAGCUCCAAGAUAAAACUGAUGGUGCCUUUCAUGGAGGAAGCUGGAGAAAAUAUGACAAUUAGACUGAAGAGAGAAAUACAAGCAUCUGGAAAAGACUACGUCGAUGUAGAAUUCAAAGACGUUUGCAACCGCUACGCCAACGAUGUCAUCGCGUCUUGCGCCUUCGGUCUGAAAGUAGAUUCGCAGAACAACGAGACUGAAUUCUACAGGAUGGGGAAGGUGGCUGCGCAGUUAAACUUCGUGCAGAUGAUGAAGUUCUUGGGGUACCAGUGUAUCCCUACUGUUAUGAAGUGGUUGAAAACAACAAUCUUCACGCCAUCGACUCAGAGCUUCUUUAGGCAGCUGGUCACACAGACGAUGAGGGAGCGGGAGACACAAAACAUCACUCGACCGGAUAUGCUACAUCUACUGAUGGAAGUUAAAAAAGGAAAUCUUAAACAUGAAGAAGAUAACACUGCCAGUGACGCUGGAUUUGCGACAGUGGAAGAAUCUAACGUGGGAAAGGCAGCAACGGCAAAAACAGUCUGGACUGACGAUGAUCUGACCGCCCAGGCAGUCAUCUUCUUCGUAGCUGGCUUCGAAAGCGUUGCCCAAGCCAUGGCCUUCCUGGUUUGUGAGAUGGCUCUCAACCCUGAAGCCCAGGAUAAACUGUAUCAAGAGAUUGUGGAGAAUGAGAAGAAAAAUGGCGGCAAGUUUAACUACACGUCGGUGCAAGAGAUGGCCUAUUUAGAUAUGGUCGUUUCAGAAUUAUUAAGAAAGUGGACCCCAGGAGGUGCUAUUGACAGGAUAUGCACGAAAGACUACAAUCUUGGGAGACCGAAUGAUAAAGCUACUCAGGAUUACAUAAUCCGUAAAGGAGAAGGCGUGAAGAUUCCCACAAGCGCCUUCCAUUUCGACCCUGAGUACUUCCCUGAGCCUGAUAAGUUUGACCCGGAGCGUUUUUCACCGGAGAACCGACACAAGAUCCAUCCUUUCUCUUUUAACCCUUUUGGGUGCGGCCCAAGGAAUUGUAUAGCUUCCAGAUUCGCUCUCUGCGAGGUAAAGGUGCUGAUUUACCAGGUGCUGAAACACAUGGAGGUGUCACCAUGCGAGAAAACCGUUAUACCAAUAAAGCUGGACAAUUCCUCCUUCAACAUGAUCAUAAAGGGGGGGCACUGGAUUCGGGUGAAGGCUAGGGAAUGAUUAUUGCCAAUGUUUAAUUAAACAUAAAUACCGGCGAGUCAAGACUUACUAAUUAGAACCAACUAGCUUUUGCCCGCGGCUUCGCUCGCGUUAGAAAGAGACAAAAAGUAGCCUAUGUCACUAUCCAUCCCUUCAAUUACCUCCACUUAAAAAAUCACGUCAAUUCGUCGCUCCGUUUUGCCGUGAAAGACGGACAAACAAACAGACACACACACUUUCCCAUUUAUAAUAUUAAGUAUGGAUGAUUAUGAUGCAAUAAUUUUGUAUACCAAGAAUAGAUAUGUUAACCUAUUUUGGUUAUGCGUAAGCGGUCGACUUCAUUCGGAAAUAUUUCUUUUGUUAAUUUUACUUUAUAAUUAAGAUUAUUAAGAAGUUAUUUAAGAUGUCUUGUUAUUGUUACUAACAAACUAUGGACACAUGUUAGCAACACGUUAGUCUGAAAUAAACGUAUUUUUUUUAUUUUAUUAGAGGUUUAAUAUAUACACGUUAAACUUUCGUGAGA